AUGCUUCAUUUAAAUGUGUACCUUGCACCCUCACGAAGCCCAGGGCUCGGCCAGCAGUGGAGCAGGAUCAUGAGAUUCACCACAGAACCAGCGGAUUCCUCAGAGUUACCAAAGAAGUUCACCUUCAACCCAAAAGAAGGGAUUGACAACCCUGCUUUAGUGAUCUCUGAUGACACAGAGCCUGAUGUGCAUCCGCGGAUGUGUGUUCUGAAGCGAGAAGAGGGUCAGGGCUUUGGCUUCUACCUGAGUAAGGACGCUGGCUGCAGGGGACAUGUGGUGCGCCAGGUGGAGCCUUGGAGCAGCGCAGAGCGGGGUGGGCUGAAGAAGGGGGACCGAAUUUUGGAGGUCAAUGAGGACUUUGUGGAUGACAAGGAGCACUCGACUGUGGUGCUGAAAGUGCAGGCGUCUGGGCUGAAGCUAUAUCUGUUAGUGCUGAGUGCUCAGGAUUAUGAGUUUGUGGUUUCAGAGGGAAGAGACCUCAUGUCGCUCGCCAGUGCUUACCGUCCCAUUGAGGGCUGUUCUCGCCCACGGUUGUGUUACAUCACUAAAGAGCCUGGCAGUGGCUUGGGCCUCAGCAUCAUUCCUAUUGAAGGUGAGCGAGGUCGUUAUCGUCUCAGCCCAGUGACUGAUGGUCCAGCUGAGAGAGCAGGAGUCCAGAAUGGAGACAGGCUGAUCUGGAUCAAUGGAGCUAUGAUUUCAAGACUUAGUUAUGCAGCACUGUCAAAAAUGGUGAAGAAAUGUGAAGACCAUGUGACUGUCUUGGUAAUUGACAGCAGGAGUGAAGUUUGUUAUAAUCGCACGGGGAUACCCAUAAUUCCUGCUUUUGCCAAAACGCAUAAUCUACCCUACAGACCAAAAACACUAUACCUGACUCAAGGACCACAAGGAUACGGGUUCCUCCUAAGGCAAGAGAAGUUACGAUCUGGACGUAUUGCUCAUGUAUUACGAGAGAUCGACCCCUGCAGCCCAGCUGAGACUGCAGGAAUGGAGGACGGAGAGCUUGUGCUAGCGGUAAACGGGGAGCAGGUGGAGGAUGCAGAGCAUGAGGCCGUCGUCAGCAAAAUACGGCAAAGCGGCCAGCAGGUCACCCUAACCACCAUCUCCGUCCCUGGCAGAGACUAUUACACACAGCUGGGCAUUUCUCCAUUGCUGUUCUAUGAAGACCAUACUCCAAAAAGGGAACAGUUUCCUAAUCCUCCUCCGCCACAUCAAGAGGGACACCAAAAUCCACCGCACCCUCGACUUUGUGUGCUUCACAAGGAGGGUGCGGGAUUUGGCUUCAACCUAGGCUGUGUUCAGAAUAAGCCUGGGACGUAUAUCGGUCAGGUGAUGAUGGGGAGUGCAGGAGAGAGAGCAGGGUUGUGUGAGAGAGAUGUGGUUGUAGAGGUGAAUGGACAGAAUGUGGAGGCAGAGUAUUUUGAUGAAGUGGUGAGGUUGAUAAAAGAGGGAGGAACUCCUCUCAGUCUGCUAGUCAUGGAGGGACUGGGAUAUGAGAAACUGAGAAACGCCAGACAGCCUGUAAGUUCAGGACUCAAUCUUUGCAGUAACAAAUUGAGACUUGUUCCAGAUGCUUCACAAGAUGAUUUUGUAUGA